CUGAAUGGGCUCAAGAUGAAGCUCAAGCGACAGCGGGUGUCUUCAGUGCUGCCUGAGCACCACGAGGUCUUCAACAGGAUGCUCGAGGAUCCCGUCAUUAGGAAAUUCCUCGCCUGGGACAAAAACCUGCAAGUAUCUGACAAGUAUCUCCUGUCGAUGGUGAUAGCUUAUUUCAGCCGGGCCGGGCUCUUCUCCUGGCAAUUCCAGAGAAUCCAUUUCUUUAUAGCUCUCUACGUGGCCAACGACAUGGAAGAGGACAACCAGGCCCCCAAGCAGGCCAUCUUUUCGUUCCUCUAUGGAAAGAACCGCUCCCAGCGUCCCUUGUUCCACAAACUGCGUCUCCAGUUCAUCCGUUCCAUGGGCUGGAACGCUAGGGUCACUCGGGAAGAGUGCGAGCAGAUCCAGGCUUUUGAUCCAGAGCUCUGGGUGUGGGGAAGAGAUCGCGCCCUCUUGCCCUAG